CGCGCGGCUCGGUGUCGUGACGUCGCGCUGUGAGCAGCAGCAGGAGCGGCGCGUGCACACGGUUACCGGCAGCGUUGAGCGAUGGUGGAGAGAGCAGGAGCACCGAGCAGAAGCAGUCCACAGGUGUUUAAUGAUGCAAACUAAAACUAGAGGGGAAAAAUCUGCAAUUAAAGAUCACAUGGAGUCAGAAUGAGCUGCUGGAUGUAACCUGGCUCCAUGAGUGCUAUGAAUGACUCCCUGGAUGAGACGCCCAGCCUCGGGGAGAAAGCCGCUAUAUUUCAGGGAACAAGUGGCAGUGGGAACAUCACUGGGUCGACCUUCAUCCCAUUACACUCACCCUUGCACCCGCCCAGUGCUGCUGUCCCCACGCUCCUCAAAGGAAAUAGGAAAAGUAGAGAGGUGGAUGAAGCAGAGAUGAGACCCGUCCCUAAUCCCUUCCCAGAGUUGCUGCCAUCCACUGUGUCAUUAGUGUCUGAAUGUCUGUUACCCUGGACCAAAACCAGUGCGACUCAGGUAAUCAAAGUGUACAGUGAAGACAACACCAGCCGUGCAGUGGAGGUGCCCAGUGACAUCACCGCCCGGGACAUAUGCCAGCUGUUCAUCCUGAAGAACCACUGCAUUGAUGACCACAGCUGGACCCUGUUUGAGCAGAUCCCACAUCUGAGUAUAGAGAGAACCAUAGAAGACCAUGAGUCGGUUAUAGAGGUUCAGUCCGGCUGGGGAAUGGACUCACACUGCUGUCUGUACUUCAGGAAGAAUUAUGCCAAAUACGAGUUCUUCAAAAAACCUCUUGACUUUUUCCCAGAGCAAAUGGUGUCAGUCUCCAGUGAAAGCAAUGGAAUCAUGAACCACUCACAACUUAUACAGACCUUUCUCAGUUCCAGCUCUUGUCCUGAGAUUCACGGGUUCCUUCACGCCAAAGAGCACGGCAGGAAAUCCUGGAAGAAGUUCUACUUUGUGUUACGAAGAUCAGGACUGUACUUCUCCAACAAGGGCACAUCAAAGGAACCCAGACACUUGCAGUUCAUUGCAGAGUUCGGUGACAGUGACGUCUACACGUUAUUAUCUGCCAAAAAAGUUUACGGCGCCCCGACAGACUACGGCUUCUGUGUGAAGGCAAGCAAGUCCAGUUCUGCACGUGACCUGAAGCUGCUCUGUGCAGAUGAUGAGCAGACCAGGACAUGUUGGGUUACAGCCAUGCGCCUCUUCAAGUAUGGUAUGCAGCUUUACCAGAACUUCACCCAGCCCUAUCAGAAGCAGAAGAGUUCUCCAAUGAGGAGCAUCUCGGAGAACUCGCUGGUGGCCAUGGACUUCUCAGGACACAAGAGUCGGGUGAUCGAGAACCCGUCAGAGGUGCUGUCAGUGGCUGUGGAGGAGGGCCUGUCGUGGAGGAGGAAAAGCUGCCACAGGCUGAGCUCUCAUGGGAGUCCGUCCGCCUCUCAGAGCUCUUUGUCCAGCAUAGCUAUCCAUGUGGCUCAGCCGUGGUUUCACUGCAAACUGUCCCGGGACGAGGCUCAGAAACUAAUCAGUCAGCAGGGCCUCAUCGAUGGGGUGUUUCUGGUGAGGGACAGUCAAAGUAACCCGAGGACAUUUGUCCUGUCACUGUGCCACACGCAGAAAAUCAAACACUUUCAGAUUGUUCCUGUUGAAGAGGACGGCGAGCUCUUCUACAGUCUGGACGACGGACACACGCGUUUCACUGACCUGCUGCAGCUAGUUGAGUUUUACCAGCUGAACAGAGGCAUUCUGCCCUGCAAGCUGAAACAUCACUGUGCCCGCAUCGCCCUCUGAACCGCUGCGGGACCUUCUGGACAUCAGCUUGUGCCUUGGACAGGAAACCGUUUCACUGUCCACUCCCUGAUGAGCAUUAGGGUCUGAACUCUAAGACUUUGAGAUGGACGAGCAUCACUAAAGAGACUGGACUUCAGCGAGGGAUGAUCGUCUGUGGUGCAGCAGUGUAGAUGGGAAUGUAUAAUGUACUGAUACAGAGACUCUCAGUGUGGAUGAGACCACCUUAUUAAGCUAUCAAACAAAACUGAUGUUUAACGGCAGACCUGGCUCUCUGUACGCUGUGAACAAAGUCAAGCCGGGUGCAUAUGCAACGAUUUACUGUCAUUUCACAGUUUAAUCUCGGGAAUAUUAAAUUAAAAUUAAAUUAAAUUUAUGCAUUUAGCAGACGCUUUUAUCCAAAGCGACUUACAGUGCAUUCAGGCUAUCAAUUUUUACAUAUCAUGUGUUCCCGGGGAAUCGAACCCCCAACCUUGCACUUGCUUGCUUGCUAACGCAGUGCUCUACCAGUUGAGCUACAGGAACAC